AUGAAGAAAGCUGUGUUGAAAUUGGAUUUGCAUGAUGAUAAAGACAAGAAAAAGGCCAUGAGGAAAGUCUCUGGUCUUUCAGGGGUGGAAUCAAUAUCCAUGGACAUGAAGGACCAGAAGUUGACAGUGACAGGGGAUGUUGAUACAGUGGUGAUAGUGAGCAAACUGAGGAAGUUGUGUCACACAGAAAUAAUUACAGUAGGACCAGCAAAAGAGCCUGAAAAGAAAAAAGAAGAGCCCAAGAAAGAUGAGACAAAGAAGCAAGAAGAUCAGAAGAAGAAAGAUCAAGCUGCUCUGGCUGAUCUGUGGAUCAAGGCUUACCCUCCCUAUGGCUAUCAUCCUCACAUGACCUCACAAUAUUAUUAUGUUAGAAGUGUUGAGGAGGAUCCAAAUGCUUGUGUCAUUUCUUAA